UUUGGCCCUUUUCCCUCGUUCGUCCCCGAACGACACCCUCGCGCCCUAACAAUGGCGAAGCACCCUAUUUAUAGAACCCUAGAGCAUUGAGACGUAGGAGUAACCUAGAGAGAGAGAGAGAGAGAGAGAGAGAGAGAGAGAGAGAUCAUGGAGAGCAUACUUUUAUUGCUACCGAUCACCCCCACCGGGGUCGUCGCCUCCGUAGCUCUCGGCGUCGUAACGGUGCCCUUCGUAGUCGGGAAGCUUCGCGAAGGACACAGUCGGCGCUUAAACCCGCCCCCCGCUGUUCCUGGGUUGCCUUUGAUUGGGAACUUGCAUCAGCUUAAGGAAAAGAAGCCCCACCAAACGUUCGCCAAUUGGGCAGAAAUUUAUGGGCCUAUAUACACUAUUAAAACCGGAGCAUCAAAUGUGGUGGUUUUGAAUUCAACUGACGUCGCCAAAGAGGCAAUGGUUACAAAAUACUCUUCCACAUCAAGUCGAAAGCUUUCAAAUGCUUUGACAUUGCUCACUUCCAACAAAAGUAUGGUUGCUAUGAGUGACUACGGUGAGUUCCACAAAAUGGUGAAGCGCUAUAUAAUGACAAGUGUACUGGGAACUAAUGCUCAGAAGCAACACCGUGUUCACAGGGAUACAAUGAUUGAUAAAAUCAUAGAAAUCCUGCAUUCGGUGAUAAAGGAAGAUCCUCAUACUGCAGUAAACUUCAGAGAGGUGUUCAAGAACGAGCUUUUUCGAUUAUCCUUAAAAGAGGCUAUUGGUAAGGAUGUGGACUCUAUAUAUGUGGAGGAGCUUGGAAAAGAGUUUUCCAAGAAGGAAAUGUUUGAGGUGCUGGUGGUUGAUCCAAUGAUGGGUGCAAUUGAUGUCGAUUGGAGAGAUUUUUUUCCAUAUCUAAGAUGGAUUCCCAAUAAGAGCUUAGAAAUGAAAAUCCAGAGAAUAGUAACUCGCAGGAUGGCAGUGACCAGGGCAUUGAUUAUGGAGCAGAAGAAACGUAUAGCUCAUGGAGAGGAAAUAAGCUGCUAUCUGGACCAUCUGCUGUCGGAGAACACACUGACAGAGGAGCAACUGAUUACACUGAUCUGGGAAGCAAUAAUUGAAGCCUCAGAUACAACUUUAAUCACAACCGAAUGGGCCAUGUAUGAACUUACUAAAAAUCCAGAGUGUCAGCUUCGCCUUUAUAGCGAAAUCCAAGAAGUAUGUGGGUCUAGACAAGUCAUGGAGGAAGAUUUGCCACAACUACCGUAUUUAAAUGCCAUUUUUCAUGAAACAAUUAGACGGCACUCUCCUGUUCCUAUCGUUCCACCAAGAUAUGCCCAUGAAGAGACUCAGCUAGGAGGCUAUGAUAUUCCGGCCAGCACAGAGAUUGCCAUCAAUCUCUACGCAUGCAACAUGAACAAAAAGGACUGGGACAGACCUGAGGAGUGGAGGCCCGAGAGGUUUUUGAAUGGCAAGUUCGAGUCCUCGGACUUGCUCAAGACAAUGGCUUUCGGAGCGGGGAAGAGGGUUUGCGCGGGAUCUCUGCAGGCGAUGCUGAUCUCAUGUGUGUCCAUUGGUCGACUCGUGCAGGAGUUCGAGUGGAGGCCGAGGGAAGGAGAUGCGGAUGAUGUAGAUACAGUCCUGCUUACCACCCACAAGCUCCAUCCCUUGCAUGCAUACCUAACACCGAGAGGGAAAGUGAACCAUUAAGAUUCACAAUUCCAAGUUGAUCCAUUUUGCUUUGUAUGAAUGCAUGUUUAAUGUUAUACUGAAGCAGAUGAUCUUUCAAUCCUGCGCUUAUGGCUAUGGCUUAUCUUUAGACUUCACUAUGUUGAAAGAUUUUGACUAUUCUGGGAGGAAGGUCGUUUUGAUCAUUUGAGUGAUACUGCUUUUGUGCAAUGCUGUAGCUUGAUUUAUUAAAAUUGCUGGUUCAAAUGUUAGUGUGAAAUGUCUUGGUUUAUCCAAA